UUGGUCGAACUUCAGAAAAAGUUUUUCCUUCCAACAGAAAAAGUUCUUCCUUCCGACAGGAAAAAAUUUUCCAUCCGACAGAAAAAGUUCUUCCUUCCGACAGGAAAAGUUUUUCCUUCCGACAGGAAAAGUUCUUCCUUCCGACAGGAAAAGUUCUUCCUUCCGACAGGACACAAACGAAUGUCCGACGUCCCUCUUCCUGAAUGCCUUCCAAAGCCAGAAGAACCUAAAGAACCAGCCCCUGCACCUCAGUUCCAGCAAGUACCUCCGAAUUUCUACCAAUUUCCACCUCAAGGUUACUACCCACCACAAGGCUUCCCGAACUACCCUCCUCCUCAGCCUAUGCCUUACUUCCCCAACCCUUGGAUGUUCCAGCAAUUCCAAUCUCAAUACAAAUCGAAGAGAGACCAAGAGUUCGAAGAAGGUCUGAACCGUUUACGCAAAGAUUAUGCUACAGCUCCAAUUGAGAGAAAGUUGUUCCCAGACCAAAAAAUAAUGUUUAGGGUAGAAGGUUAG